CGUAAACAGAAUGUGCUUUUAACUAGUCAUGAAUAACGGCACAAGACGAGCCUUAACAGGCUCUAUCCACAAAAUUAGAGAAUUCGAGUUGGAAAAAGUGUGUCUGGUCGAAGAAUUUGAUAUACUGCAAAUAGUCGGCGAAGGAUGGUUUGGCAAAAUACUUCUUGUGGAGCACCGAGCUUCCGAUACAGAAAUUGUACUGAAAGCCUUGCCGAAGCCUUAUGUGUCCAUACGAGACUUCUACAGAGAGUUCCAUUAUGGGUUGCACCUCAGUGCACAUAAAAACAUAGUAACUACAUUUGAUGUUGCUUUUGAGACUGCCGGGUUUUACGUAUUCUGUCAGGAAUAUGCUCCUUUGGGUGACCUCACAUCGAACAUGCUUGACACAGGAAUAGGAGAAAGUCAUACAAAACGAGUAGCGAGACAAUUAUCUUCCGCAUUGGAACAUCUUCAUCAAAGAGAUUUGGUGCAUAGAGAUGUAAAACUUGACAAUGUUUUAAUAUUUAAGUCGGAUUUUUCACGAAUUAAACUUUGUGAUUUUGGAGAGACCAGAAAAGUAAAUUCUUCAGUCCGAAGACGGAACGAAUGGUUGCCGUAUUCUCCUCCUGAAGUAUUAAAAUUACCCAUGGAUGCCAGUUACAAAGCGUUAAUAACACACGACGUUUGGCAAUUUGGAAUUGUUAUUUUCAUUUGCCUCACAGGUUGCUUGCCGUGGCAAAAGGCGGCCUUUGACGACCCACGGUAUACAAGCUUUUACAAUUGGUAUAAUAGUUCAAACCCCUUGAAGAAACAACCAAAGCUCUGGAAAAUGGUAUCAUCAAGGGCCCAAAAAAUGUUCAAGAAGUUUACAGAGCCCAGAGAAGAAAGGAGAGCAAUUAAUUUCCAAGAACUGUCUAGGUAUUAUGACGACCGAUGGAUGGCUAAAGGUUACACGGAUAGAGUUGCGGGAAGUGACAUAGAUGAACUCUGCCCGUCAAUGUAUAGUUUCCACAGUGAUGUCAAUGAAAAAAAUAUCCUUUUAAAACAUUUCCGAGACAAUGGUAUUGAGACGACGGUUGACCGUCAAGCCAAAAAACAAAGGAUACGCGAUUGGAUACAGAAUAGUGUCAUUGAAGAAGGUGAUGAAGAUGAUGAAGAAAACCCCGAGCUGAUGUUUGAUGAAGAAACUGACGAAGAACUUCAAGAGACCUCUCGAGGACAUCCAAUUGAUGAAAGUCACAGAGUCACAUUACGUUACGAUACUGAAAAACAUAUAAAUCCAAGAACUGGUGAAGUAAUUGAAGGAGUUAAACCUCCACCUGAGAAAAACCCUCUUUCUUAUGAUGUGCAAAACAUUGAACCUGUAGCUCCAGCAAAUGUCGUUCGAAGGUACGGGGUCAAAGAAGAAGGUUCAUCUCAUAGCUCUACAAAAGACAGCGCAUAUGGUUCAAUGGAAGGAAAACUUCUAGGCCAAUCAACCCAGUCGUAACACAAAAUGGCUUCAGUCCUGGUUCGAGACAGCAACAAACAAAACCUCAGGCUUACGUGUCUAUGAAAGAAACAGCAUAUGAUAUCGUGCGCAAUGAACCUAGUUCUGCGACGGACAACAACACGAAUUUAACUCAAGCAUUAAUACCCGAUAGUCCCUAUACUUCAAUGAUGAACAUUGUUCAGGGUCAAAUUAAAAUUAGUCCACAUGGUAGUGAAUCUAACCGAAAUGUAGUUAAUGUUUCAGUUACUAAUGUUAAUCGCAGUAAAAAGAAAUAAUUGCUCAAAGCGGACUUGUUAUGAAUUGCAUAAUACAAAUACAGCAAGUGUAUUGUUUAACACAGAUUUACACGUUAAACUGGUUGAUGUACCUAAAUUAUGUAUUGAAGUCUAGUCAUUAUAAUUAUAAAGGGUAGUACGUACCUGAUUUGUACAAUAAUGAAUACCGAAAACCUGAUUGCAAAAAUACUACACUAAUUAAAAGUCACUGUGCGCGUUUCGCACUGUCUCUCUCUCUCCAGUUAUUUAAGUUUUCAUGAUUACUUAUGAUAUAAAAAAUAAAUCAUACACAGUAAUAUGCCUACGCUAAGAUACGGAUACUUGUUAAUAUUUUUGUACAAUGUAUCAGCAGGUUUCAAACAACGUUACUUAUAUUGAUGAUUAAAGGGUUUACUUUUUUGUCGAAAUGUGGAUCAAAAGUAGUUAUAGUAGUUGUCUUAUAGUUUGAAACAUCUGCUAGAAGUAGAACACUUGAGUCAUUUAUAACUUCUGAUUGAUAUAUUUAUAUUACAUAACUGACAUUUUGGCACAACUAUUCAAUAUAAUUCAAAAUGAGAUUCCUACCUAGAGUUCGUAUACUGCAAACGUUUCAAGUAAUGAGUAUUAUGUUUGUACUUAUUAAUAUUGGUUAAAAUUGUAUUUUUAAUAAAAAUAACGUAAAAACUUCUUGUUAAUUAAAAGCAACCUAUAGAUCUUAAAAUAUAUUUUGAAACAAAAAAGAAAUGUUAUCAAUAUGCUGGCUGUGAUUGAUAUAUUUUUCUUGACGUCUGUUGUCAUUAAAAAAGAAGAAAAUCAGUUUUUCUACGGAUUGCAACAUAUGACGUAAGUAAUGUAUUAUCGAUGUAGGAUGUAGGUAUAAUUUAGAAGAGCUAUAUUAUUUAAAGAACCAGCUUUUUGACGAUUUAUGAAUAAUGCAUAAGGAAUGUCACUGAAUUAUGUACAACGUGCAGGUUUUAAAUAAUACCAUUUAUUUAAUUUCCAGCCACAGUUUUAUGUAGGUAGGUUAAAACAAAGACAUUUCAUGUUAUUUAUGUAUAAGAGGAUAUUUAUUUAAAUUUUGUAA